AUGAAAAUUUUCACAAUUAAAAUUGAGAAAAAAUGGAGAGUCGUGUUUGUCGCCGAUGGUGUUUUCCACGCUGAAUUGAACGAAUUGUUCACUCGUGAGUUCAACAAAGACGAGGGUUACUCCGGAGUUGAAUUGAAGACUGGUCCAGCCUCCACUGAGAUCAUCAUCCGUGCCUCCAAGACCCAAGCUAUCGUCGGUCAAAACGCCCGUCGUAUCCACGAGCUCUGCUCCUUGGUCCAAAAGCGUUUCGGUUUCGCCGAAGGUACUGUUACCUUGUACGCCGAGAAGGUCCAAAACCGUGGUCUCUGUGCUAUUGCUCAAGCUGACUCAUUGAAGGGUAAAUUGUUGCUCGGUUUGCCAGUCCGUCGUGCUUGUUACGCCAUCGUCCACCAAAUCAUGACCAAGGGUGCCAAGGGUUGUGAAGUCAUCGUCUCUGGUAAAUUGAGAGCUCAACGUGCUAAGGCCAUGAAGUUCACCGACGGUUACAUGAUCAAGUCUGGUCAACCAUCCCAAAACAUGGUCGAUUUCGCCUGUUGCCACGUUCUCUUGCGUCAAGGUACCCUUGGUGUCAAGGUUGCCAUCAUGUUGCCAUACGACCCAACCGGAAAGAACGGUGUCCAAACUCCACAACCAGAUAUCGUUGUCAUCAAGGAUCCAGUUGCUUAA